AUGAUUUUGGGACUCUUCUUCCAACCACCAAAGUCUGCGAUGAAGACUCGCAAGCGUGCAAAGUCCUCUCACUGGGUGACAUCCAAGCCCCUAGUGGACUCGGAAGAUGAGGAAGAUGUGGGUAUUCAGCCAUUUUUGGGUGGAGUGCUGGAUGACAUCCUUCCCCGGCUCUCCAAUUCAUCUAGAUCACCCCAGGUUCUGACCAAAAAGCCCUUUUGCCCUGCUACAGUGAUUGCCAGCAGUCACCCAGCAGUCAUUGAGCCCUCCCAGCCAACUCCCAAAAGCCCAGUGGAGGCACCCCCAGUCAUCAAUGGAGGUGAUAUUCUCAUUCCUGGACAAGUGAGUUUGCAUCAAGCUAAAGUGGCCCUGCACAACUCAGUUGGACAAGAGGACUGGGAAUCUGUGUAUGUCAUGCGUCCACUGCACAACAAAGAAGGUCAAGUGCAUCCUAGUGACUAUGGGUACCCUGCCAAAAUGUGUUCAUGGGUCCUCUACCACCCGGAACACAAGAUCCAGGAUGCCCUCCAAGGCUCCCUCCAAAGCUCCCCCUACCUCCCAAUCCAAGGCCUAGACUUGCAGUCAGUCUUGUGGCAAGUCUGGAACUCCAGGUGUCAUGGCUAUGAUAACCCCCAAGACCUAGACAUGUGGUUGCAGCAAGACCAUCACUGCUGUCAAGGCACCCGCACCUCACUUCUGUCUUUGAGUUCAGCAGUCCCUGCUGCAGCACUCAACCUGCCCAUGCCGGAUCUCCAUGCCAUGGCAAUUGUGAUUUGGGAUGGCACAGCUCACAUUGCCAUUCUUGAGGCUCAUGUGGCAGAGCAGGAUGGUAAGAUUGAUACCCUGCAAUGCCUCCAUGAAGGCCUUAGGCACAAAAUCAUCAACCAGCACCCCACAUUCCCACUUCCUGAACCUCUGGCCAAUGCAACAUCCUUGUUGCUUGAUCAAUCUGUCCCCAUGUCCAUGUCACCAUCCACAUCUGCACUCCCCCCUCUCAUUGAUCUCUCGAUUGGAGAGAUGAUGCCCACACCCUCAAAAUUUGAGGAUGCCUCUGCCAUUGAGGGCCUCCUGUUUGAGUACAACCAGGUUGUUCAACCAGAGGUUCCAGAUAUGUCUGGCAAAAUUGUGGACCCAGGUGAUCCAGGCAACCUGGUCCCAGAAUAUGAUUCUUCCAAUGACAUGGAUGUUGAGGUGAAGGUUGAAGCAUCUUCUGAGGAGGUUGACAUGGCUACAUAA